GUAUUUCCCAGCGAGUCCCGAACGCGAUCAGCUGACCACCAAAACACAGUCAGACGGGACGCACUCUCACCUCUUCGCCUCUCUCCCUGUCACCUCUCACUCCUCCCUGGCUACUCCUGACCGCCACCACCAGUGACACAGUAGAGAUAGAAACUGCAGGAACAACAGCAGCAGCAUCAGCAUGGGGGCUGAAGGCAGCAAGAAGGUGGUGAGGGAACAGAAGGAAUACUUCACCCCUGAGGAGCGGCAGAAUGUGCUGGCCGUGGCACAGAAACUGGCUGGGAGCAGCGGCAACAUUACUCUGCCAACGCUGGAGAAACAUAUAGCCAAGUGGUACAGCCCAGAAAUUGCAUCACGGUUCAUCAAGGUGUUUCUAAGAGGGAAGACCCCCACACCCACAUCCCUGACCUGCCAAAUGUUGGUGGACACCCUGGGACCGCUGACCAAGGGCACCCUGGAGCAGCAUCUCUACCUUACCCUCACACUGGCAGGGGGUGAUCAGGCUGGGGUGGACAGUGACAACAUUGUUAAGUACUUGGAGGUGAUCCUUGGUGCCUACCUGAAGAUGGUGCUGGGAGGAGCCGGGUGCCGUGGCUGGAGCUGUGGGUCAGGACACAAGAGCAUUGGACACGUGUGUCGUGCUGUGCUGCAUGAUCUGUUGCAUGCCGGUGCUUCCUUCAAGGAGACAUGGAGAAAGCCGCCCCCAAAAGCACAGUAUUCCUAUGAGGUGUUUGAGCAGUGGUAUCUUGGCCACUCUCUGUUUACCACCCUGGAAACAGAGGUGGUGGGAGGCUGCUUCUCAGUCUCCACUGCUGGCCCCACCAACCUCCUGCCCCAGCCAUCUCUGGUGCCUAAGACCUUCCCAAACAUGCUGUCUGCUGCCCAGGUGCUUUUCCUCAACAGUGCCCUCCCAACGGGUCUCCAGACUGAGUGGCGCUUCCUCUUUUCCACUGCCACUCAUGGCUGGAGCUUCAGCAUAUUUAUGAAGCAGAUUGUUGGCAAAGGGCCCACACUGCUCAUUGUGGAAGACCAGUCAGGCAACAAGUUUGGUGGCUUUGCAUCCGUGUCCUGGGAAGUGAAGCCACAAUUUCAAGGUACACCCGAGUGUUUCUUGUUUGCGCUGGAGCCCCAGACAGGUGUGUUCCACUCCACUGGCUACAACACAAACUUCAUGUACCUCAACUACCUGGAGAAGAACACGAUGCCCAACGGCCUGGGGAUGGGAGGCAGGGAGGAGCUGUUUGGACUGUGGCUCGACUAUGACUUCGGCAAGGGCAGUGUGUCUCCAACCUGCACCACCUUCCGCAGCCCUCAGCUCUCCCCCAACCAACAACUGGAGAUCAAAUCCAUGGAGGUGUGGGCUGUGGGGCCUGAGGAGGAAGACUCAGAUGAGGAGGAUGGGAAGAAGAGCGCAUUGGAUAGGAACCCUGAGGCCAGUGCCAUGCUGGAGAUGAUGGGCAAGGGCCGGGUCAGUGACGGCUUUAGGGAGGGGGACAAGGACUAGCUGCGCUGCUGUCACCUUCCUCACACGGCCUCCAGAAGGUUAGGGAACAAUGCAGCAGUUCCCUUGCAUCUGCCUGGCAGGAGGCACCUCUGCUCCUCAGACUUUGAUAAUAUUCCUCACAACACAUCAUAGUGAGCUAAAAAAAUAAACUGUAAUACAUAAUUUCAACUUGCUGCAUUAGCUAUUCCUCAUACAUUAGUGACAUGCUGUAUUUGGUCUCAUUUGACAUAUUUACAAAAUACUUAUACAUAGAAAAGUCAUUACAGUAUUACCUCAUUGUCUCUGCUGAUGAGAUCAUAUCAUUAGCCACCAAAAAACUAAUGAGCUUGGCAAGUUUUUAAUUUCCUUAUCUUGAGGAUACAAGGUGAUAAGAGGUAAGGAUCAGACAAAACUGUUCAUUACCACAUGAGCCUCAGAUUUGUAAAAGGGUUGAAGAGAGGGAGGUGAGGAGGAGAAAAAGAAUGAAUUGUGGAUGACACUAUGUGGUCACCAAGGUCAGGAAGCAAAAUUGUAAACUGGAUUAAUGCACUGCAACAAUGAGAUUGUGUCAUUCACUAUUGUUACAAGGGAGUGCUGAGAAACUAUGCUGGGAAUCAGGAGACUGGGGAAAGCUAGGUGGCUGCUUUUGGUAGUAAAUUGAAUGCUCAUUCAAUCAAAUCAGGUAAAUAUUGAGGGAGAGAUGACUGUUAAAUAGUGAGUUUAGUGAUAAACUUUGGUAAACACUAACAAGAUGAGGCUACUGUAAUGAGGGAGGUCUGUCUGUCCUCCUUAGUAAUCUUGGUAUGCGUGCUGUAAUUCUCCCCAAAUUCCACAGUGGCUGUUGGGAGCACUGGCAAUGUGGACUUAGUGUUACUGUAAUUGACCCAAUUAGCUCGUUAGAAAAAGUUGAGGUAAUGCUGUAUAUACAAGUAAUAUUAUUUAAAGCCAGAGUUACAGUCAAGCAAAAAAGAACUUGCUUGAAGAUAUAAAGCAAUAUUAUAUACACAUGGCAGGCAGAAGAGCAACACUUUGUCAACACAAGCGGCAGUGGCAGGCAUAGCACAAGGAAUUAAAAAAUAUACUGCACACAGCUCUGCUCAGGACUGAAAACAUGAUAUGAAGGAUAAAUAUGUGGAGUAGCAUCCUCUUCAUUACAUCUGGAACAUUGUUAAGCUUCUGUUUUAGUUUCAUCAGCUGUGGGUGAUGUGAAGUAUGCAUGUGUUACACCCACAAGUAUUCAUUUUAUACAUAUCAGCAUUAACAGACUUCCUUCCUCAGUGCCUUAUGCACCAUCUCACUUUGCUGCCAGAUGAUCACAGAGACUUCACUGUCACUUCCCAUGUACAGGGAGUCCUCAAUUUAUGAUGGUUUAAUUUAUAUCAUUUCAUAGUUACAAUGCUGGCAGUGCUUGUCCCUGUACAUUCCUAUUUGCAGAUUUUUUUUUCUUACUGAUUUAUUUCAUUAUCCUUUAUUUACUCUGCCAUCCAUGCUUUUUUUACAAUAUGGUGUAGGAACAGAACUCUGUCAUAACUUGAGGAUUCCUUGUACACUGACUAACAAAAAAUCAAUAGUAUACUAAUUAUGUGAAAGGCAUUGCAGUGUUGACUUUUUGUGUUCCAGCAACUUGCAGCGCCACAUCCCGUCCCUUGUUGAUGGAGUGGUGGAGGCAAGUCACAGAACCCUGGCAACUCGUGACGAUCUGACAAUGCAUCCAUUCCAGUACAGUGAAUGUCCUCUGUAGUCCCUUUGUCUGUCUUGUAGUAUCUUGUAGACUGAGGUGGGUUGGGCAAACAAAUUAUAUAAGGGAAGGGUUGGGGUCUAGUCAGUCAGAACCAAUUGACCACAGUCUGUCUUAUCACCAAGGGGAACUGUUAGAUUAAUAAGUGGACAUGACAUCACACCGGCAACUGACACGUAGCAGAAAGUGUUUGGUAAUGAUAGGUUGAUGUCAAUUUUUUUAAGUGUUUUCUCUCAGCACCUGUAGUACCAGCACUCAAAAUCAUCCAGCAGGUCAUGGACUUGCUGUUGCUGUAAGCUACUUGGGAUUCUGCAGCUCAUGAUCCAAGUAGCCGUGUGUGGUGCAGUUGUAAAGUAGGAUGACAAAGCCUUGGAAACAUGCUGGUGUACAGAGAUGUCAUUUCUAAAUUUAAUUAUUGAUCUUGUGGGCUUGACGAGCAUGAAUGUAUGGAGUGAGCCAGGCGUGAUGAACCAUUCCAUUUGCAAUACUUCAAUACUCCCUAUGCCAUAACUGUUGCCAUUGUUGUUUAUUAUGUUUAUGUACAAAAGCUGAAGUUUGCUUAUGUGAUAUAAAAAUGAGACUGCAGCAUACAUGUGGAAUGUGCAGGAUUAGUUAGCAAAGAGAGACAGAAAGGUCUUGCAAAGUGUGAAUAUCAUUAAAUGGCUCAAGCUUAACAUUAAAUUUCAAUUGUAUUUGAUUCAGAAACCACUGAUGUAUCCCAAGUGAGCAUUAUGCAGGGCAUGAUAUUACACUUGUAGACAAUGACUCAACACACACACUGUUUGGAACGUGAGGGAGUGAUGCAGAUCUUCAGUUAACACUGGUGUUGAGUUUAACAUCCAAAACCUUUGUAGUCACUGUUAUUUAAUUUUGAUGGUAAUUUUACGUACUACUUUAAGAUUAUAGAUGAUUGUACAUUUCUAAUGUAGUGUUUGUCUUAGUUUUAGCUUUAGAAAAGAAAGAGAAAGACCCAAAGAAAACCAUAAGUCCUGUUUUUGUCACUCCCGAUGACAAGAUGUUGAGUGCUGACUUCAUGGUUAAUCAGCACAUCAGUCUUUCCUCACUGAUUGCCUCCCUUGACCAGCCUCACCUAAUAACAAAAUUCCACACACUGAAGAUUGGAAGGAAGUGCACACACAUUGUGCCCUUAAGGUGUUAUAAUUAAUUGUUAAGAAAUGUGCUAUGGCUUAUUGUCUGAAUAUUUCAGGGAGAGCCUUCCACAUUCUUGCACAGAAAACUUUGUGUGUGUGAUAAAAAUGAAAAAAAAAAAAAAAAGAAGGCUGGCAAAAGAAUAACCUCACCAAACAGUUAUGUGGUAGAUUGGAGAAAUGAAGAAGAACUGUUGUAUAAUUGAGGCAUUAAAUUAGCACUGGCAAGAUUAGUGGCAGUUUUACAGGUUAAACUAGCUUUGUAAACCUGAGUGACCAAGUGAAACAAACCAGGUGGCAGACAUUGCUGACAACAAAGCUGAUGAUAAAGCGACAAAAUUUCAUCAAGUUAUUCACCCCCCAAAAAUAGUAAUGACGCACAAUUAUUUAAUACAUUAAUUUCUAUGAACAUAAUAUUCCCUCACUUGGACACUCAGUCACCAUACAAAUAAGAACUCCUUUUUGUGAAUCAGUGUAUAUAGGAAAAGCAUAUUUUUGCAAUAAAGAAUUAUGUUGGA